GUUGCUCUUAUGUGUAUAUAUACUCCUAUAAGCAUACACACCCUUCAUGUACUAAAGACAGCAUCAAUUAGUACUAGUAGAUAAGAUUUUUCUACAUUGAGAUCAUGGCUCCAAUGUUGGAAAGCAACGAGAACGGUGAAGCGAAGCAGGUAAGAAAACACGUGGAAGAGAAGGAAGAUGGGAUCCUAUUUGCCAUGGCCAUGAUGUCUUCCAUGGUGUUACCACUUGGGGUUAGAACCGCAGUGGAGCUUGGAAUCUUCGACAUAAUAGCGAAAGCAGGCGAAGGUGCGAAGCUCUCAGCAGAGGAUAUUGUAAAGCAGAUUGGGUCAAAGAACCCGGAAGCAGCCACAAUGCUGGAUCGGCUUCUGAGUCUAUUGGCGAGUCACUCUAUGCUCUCUACAUCUCUUGCUGAAGGAGAACUAGUGUCUGUGUCUCCUAAGAAGCUCUAUGGCCUCACCUUUGCCUCCAAGUAUUUUGUCACUGAUCACCAUGGUGUCUCCUUCGGACCUGCCUUGAACUUGACUCUCGACAGGGUUUUCUUGGAAAGCUGGAGCGAACUGAAAGGUGCCAUAUUGGAAGGGGGUAUACCAUUCAACAGGGCUCAUGGCAUGCACGCAUUUGAGUAUCCAGCAGUUGAUCCAAGGUUCAAUGAUGUUUUCAACAAAGCUAUGCUCAGCAUUACCACUAUUGUCAUGAAGAGGAUUCUCGAGUUCUACCAAGGUUUCAACAACAUUAAUAGGCUUGUGGAUGUUGGUGGUGGUCUUGGGAUUAAUCUCAAGCUAAUCACUUCUAAAUAUCCCAAUCUUCACGCUGUUAAUUUUGACUUGCCUCAUGUCAUUCAACAUGCCCCAACAUAUCCUGGCGUGGAACAUGUAGGAGGAGAUAUGUUUGUCAGUGUUCCUAACGGAGACGCCAUCUUUAUGAAGUGGAUACUUCAUGAUUGGAGUGAUGAACACUGCUUGAAGCUGUUGAAGAAUUGCCAUAAAGCAAUUCCUAGUGAUGGAAAAGUGAUUGUAGUGGAUUCAGUUCUUCCGGCUUUGCCCGAGACUACAACUACUUCCAAGUCUGGUUUUCAAUCUGACCUAUUGAUGAUGACUCAAAACCCUGGAGGGAAAGAGAGAACCCAGAAUGAAUUCAUGGAAUUGGCAUUAGGAUCUGGAUUCAGUGGUAUCAGAUUCGUAUCUUGUGUUUCUGGCUUCUGGGUUAUGGAGUUUUACAAGUAGACAUUUAUAUAUAAUAUAUGCUUGUCUAGUGUGAUUCACAUUGUACUUUUGUUAUCCUUGGUUUUAUACUAUUUACAUGCAUUUAUAUAUACUAUGGUUGCUCACUGUAUGGAUAAAAUUUUUAUACAGUUUAAUAAAUAUUUUUACCGUUGCUUUUCUAUUGGAA